CCGCGGCGUCGCUUCCUGACGGGGCGGCGCGGACGGACGCGGCCGGUGCCGGCCAGGACGCCGGGGCCCGCCGCCUCGCUCGCCCGCUCGCUCGCGCCGCCCGCCGCGGGGCCGCCCGCCCCCGCCGGGCCGGGACCAUGCAGGAGAGCCAGACCAAGAGCAUGUUCGUGUCCCGGGCCCUGGAGAAGAUCCUGGCCGACAAGGAGGUGAAGCGGCCCCAGCACUCGCAGCUGCGCAGGGCCUGCCAGGUGGCGCUCGAUGAAAUUAAAGCGGAGAUAGAAAAGCAGAGGCUCGGCGCUGCCGCCCCACCCAAGGCGAACUUCAUCGAAGCUGACCAGUACUUCCUUCCGUUCGAGCUCGCGUGCCAGUCCAAGUCCCCGCGCGUGGUCAGCACCUCUCUCGACUGCCUGCAGAAACUCAUCGCCUAUGGACACAUCACCGGCAACGCCCCUGACCGAGGAGCCCCGGGGAAGCGGCUGAUCGACCGGAUUGUUGAGACCGUGUGCAAUUGUUUUCAGGGCCCGCAGACGGAUGAAGGCGUUCAGUUACAAAUAAUUAAGGCUCUUCUGACGGCCGUGACGUCCCCGCACAUCGAGAUCCACGAGGGUACCAUCCUGCAGACAGUGAGGACGUGUUACAACAUCUACUUGGCCAGCAAGAACCUCAUCAAUCAGACCACCGCCAAGGCCACCCUCACCCAGAUGCUGAACGUCAUCUUCACCCGCAUGGAGAACCAAGUGUUGCAGGAGAGCAGAGACUCCGAGAAACAGAGCCAGUCCAAGCCACAGUCUCCAGUGGCCCGUGCCGCGGCACUGUCCCCAAAGCUCGCUCACCUGAAGCAGGGCCAGGCGCCCAGCAAGCCAUCCACCCCCGAAAAGACAGAGCUGGCCAAUGGGGAGCACGACAGGAGCGCAGAGAACGGAGAUGCACCCAGGGAGAGCGGCCCCGCGUUGCCAGAGACCAGCGACGGAGCCCAGGAAGUGGUGAAGGAGAUCUUAGAAGAUGUGGUCACAUCUGCCAUUAAAGAAGCCGCCCAGAAGCACAGUCUGUCAGACCCCGAAAGGGUACCCGGCGAGUUGGAGUACCAGGAGUGCGCCGUGCCCCCCGGCGUGGACGAGAACUCCCAGACCAAUGGCAUCGCGGAUGACCGGCAGUCCCUGUCGUCAGCCGAUAAUCUGGAGUCAGACACCCAGGGACAUCCAGCGGCCACCAGGUUCUCUCACGUCCUGCAGAAAGACGCCUUCCUUGUGUUCCGCUCCCUUUGCAAGCUGUCCAUGAAGCCCCUGGGUGAAGGCCCCCCCGACCCAAAGUCCCACGAGCUACGUUCCAAGGUGGUGUCCCUGCAGCUGCUCCUGUCCGUGCUGCAGAACGCCGGCCCCGUCUUCAGGACGCACGAGAUGUUCAUCAACGCCAUCAAGCAGUACCUCUGCGUGGCCCUGUCCAAGAAUGGUGUCUCCUCCGUGCCGGACGUCUUUGAGCUCUCUCUUGCCAUUUUUCUGACUCUUCUUUCCAACUUCAAGAUGCACUUGAAGAUGCAGAUAGAGGUGUUUUUCAAAGAGAUUUUCCUGAACAUCUUGGAAACGUCGACUAGUUCUUUUGAGCACAGGUGGAUGGUCAUCCAGACUCUGACCAGGAUCUGUGCAGAUGCCCAGUGUGUUGUGGAUAUCUAUGUCAACUACGACUGUGAUCUUAAUGCUGCUAACAUUUUUGAGCGCCUCGUAAAUGAUUUAUCCAAAAUCGCUCAGGGAAGAAGCGGACACGAGCUGGGAAUGACACCCCUGCAGGAGCUCAGCUUGAGGAAGAAAGGCCUCGAGUGCCUUGUGUCCAUUCUCAAGUGCAUGGUGGAGUGGAGCAAGGACCUGUACGUGAACCCCAAUCACCAGACGAGCCUCGGUCAGGAGAGGCCCAUGGACCAGGAAGGGGAUGGGAAAGGCCUCGACCUGGCCAGACGGAGCAGUGUGACGUCCAUGGAGUCCACUGUGUCCUUGGGGACGCAGACCACGGUCCAGGAUGACCCAGAGCAGUUUGAGGUCAUCAAGCAGCAGAAGGAAAUCAUUGAACACGGCAUUGAGCUUUUCAACAAGAAACCCAAGCGAGGGAUCCAGUUUCUGCAGGAGCAGGGCAUGCUGGGCACGUCCGUGGAAGACAUGGCCCAGUUCCUGCACCAGGAGGAGCGCCUCGAUUCCACCCAGGUAGGUGAGUUUCUGGGCGAGAGCGCACGCUUCAAUAAGGAGGUGAUGUACGCCUACGUGGACCAGCUCGACUUCUGUGAGAAGGAGUUUGUCUCCGCGCUGCGGACGUUUCUGGAAGGUUUCCGCCUGCCAGGGGAAGCUCAGAAGAUCGAUCGGUUAAUGGAGAAAUUUGCUGCAAGAUACAUAGAGUGUAACCAGGGGCAGACGCUGUUCGCAAGUGCGGACACAGCCUACGUGCUCGCCUACUCCAUCAUCAUGCUCACCACAGACCUGCACAGCCCUCAGGUGAAAAACAAAAUGACAAAAGAGCAGUAUAUUAAAAUGAACCGGGGCAUCAACGACAGUCAGGAUCUCCCCGAGGAGUAUCUCUCCAGCAUCUACGAGGAGAUCGAAGGCAAGAAGAUCGCCAUGAAGGAGACGAAAGAGCACACGAUCGCGGCCAAGUCCACCAAGCAGAGUGUCGCUAGUGAAAAGCAGCGGCGGCUUCUGUACAAUUUGGAGAUGGAGCAGAUGGCUAAAACAGCCAAAGCUCUGAUGGAGGCCGUGAGCCAUGCCAAGGCCCCCUUCACGAGUGCCACGCACCUGGACCACGUGCGGCCCAUGUUCAAACUGGUGUGGACGCCGCUUUUGGCAGCCUACAGCAUUGGCCUGCAGAACUGUGACGACACUGAGGUCGCCUCCCUAUGCUUGGAAGGCAUCCGCUGUGCCAUCCGCAUCGCCUGUAUCUUCGGAAUGCAGCUGGAACGCGACGCCUACGUGCAGGCUCUCGCCCGCUUCUCCCUGCUCACAGCCAGCUCUAGCAUCACAGAGAUGAAGCAGAAGAACAUCGACACCAUCAAGACCCUCAUCACCGUGGCGCACACCGACGGCAACUACCUGGGGAACUCCUGGCACGAGAUCUUGAAGUGCAUCAGCCAGCUGGAGCUUGCGCAGCUGAUCGGAACCGGCGUGAAGACCCGCUACCUUUCCGGGUCGGGGCGCGAAAGGGAAGGGGGCCUGAAGGGCCACAUGUCGGCGGGAGACGAGUUCAUGGGUCUCGGUCUCGGUACUUUGGUGAGCGGCGGAGUGGAUAAAAGACAGAUGGCCAGCUUCCAGGAGUCAGUUGGAGAGACCAGCUCUCAGAGUGUGGUUGUAGCCGUGGACAGGAUUUUUACUGGAUCCACCAGACUGGACGGAAACGCCAUAGUUGACUUUGUCCGCUGGCUGUGCGCCGUGUCCAUGGACGAGCUGGCCUCCCCCCAUCACCCCCGCAUGUUCAGCCUGCAGAAGAUCGUGGAGAUCUCCUACUACAACAUGAACCGGAUCCGCCUCCAGUGGUCGCGAAUAUGGCACGUGAUCGGAGACCACUUCAAUAAGGUUGGCUGUAACCCCAACGAAGACGUGGCCAUCUUCGCUGUGGACUCCUUACGGCAGCUCUCGAUGAAGUUCCUUGAGAAGGGAGAAUUAGCCAACUUCCGUUUCCAGAAAGAUUUUCUGAGACCCUUUGAGCAUAUCAUGAAGAAAAACAGGUCUCCCACCAUCCGGGACAUGGUGAUUCGCUGCAUCGCCCAGAUGGUCAACUCCCAGGCCGCCAACAUCCGCUCCGGCUGGAAGAACAUCUUCGCCGUGUUCCACCAGGCAGCCUCGGACCAUGACGGCAACAUCGUGGAGCUGGCCUUCCAGACCACGGGCCACAUCGUCACCUCUAUUUUCCAGCACCAUUUCCCCGCCGCCAUCGAUUCCUUUCAGGACGCCGUGAAGUGCUUGUCGGAGUUCGCCUGCAACGCCGCCUUCCCGGACACCAGCAUGGAGGCCAUCCGGCUCAUCCGCUUCUGCGGGAAGUACGUCUCCGAGAGGCCCCGGGUGCUGCAGGAGUACACCAGCGACGACAUGAACGUGGCUCCUGGUGACCGAGUCUGGGUCCGAGGCUGGUUCCCGAUCCUGUUUGAGCUUUCCUGCAUCAUCAACAGAUGCAAGCUCGACGUGCGGACGAGAGGCCUCACCGUCAUGUUUGAGAUCAUGAAGAGCUACGGCCACACCUUUGAGAAGCACUGGUGGCAGGACCUGUUCCGGAUUGUGUUCAGGAUCUUUGACAAUAUGAAGCUCCCUGAGCAGCAGUCGGAGAAAUCCGAGUGGAUGACAACAACUUGCAAUCAUGCACUUUAUGCGAUCUGUGAUGUGUUUACCCAGUUUUAUGAAGCUUUGAAUGAAGUGCUUCUUUCUGACGUGUUCGCACAGUUACAGUGGUGCGUGAAACAAGAUAAUGAGCAACUGGCUCGAUCAGGUACAAAUUGCUUAGAAAACUUAGUCAUAUCCAAUGGAGAGAAAUUCAGUGCUGAUGUCUGGGAUGAAACGUGUAAUUGUAUGUUGGAUAUUUUCAAAACAACCAUCCCGCAUGUCUUGCUGACGUGGAGACCUGCAGGAAUGGAGGAAGAUGCGUCGGAGAAGCACUUGGAUGUGGAUCUGGACCGCCAGUCUCUGAGCAGCGUGGACAGAAACGCCUCGGAGAGGGGCCAGAGCCAGCUGUCCAACCCGACGGACGAGGGCUGGAAGGGCAGGCCGCAUGCAAACCAGAAACUGUUUGCCAACCUCCUCAUCAAGUGUGUGGUCCAGUUGGAAUUGAUACAGACCAUCGACAACAUCGUCUUCUACCCUGCCACGAGCAAAAAGGAGGAUGCGGAGCAUAUGGUCGCGGCCCAGCAAGACACCCUGGAUGCGGAUAUUCACAUCGCGACGGAGGAUCAGGGCAUGUACAAGUGCAUGUCUUCCCAGCACCUGUUCAAGCUGCUGGACUGCUUGCAAGAGUCCCACUCCUUCUCCAAGGCCUUCAACUCCAACUACGAGCAGCGAACUGUCCUGUGGCGGGCAGGUUUCAAGGGCAAGUCUAAGCCCAACCUCCUGAAGCAAGAAACCAGCAGUUUGGCCUGUUGCCUGAGGAUCCUGUUUCGAAUGUAUGUCGAUGAGAACCGGAGGGAUUCCUGGGAAGAAAUACAGCAUCGACUCUUGAAUGUGUGCAGUGAGGCUCUGGCCUACUUCAUCACGGUGAACUCGGAGAGCCAUCGGGAGGCCUGGACAAGUCUUCUGUUGUUGCUCCUCACGAAAACCCUCAAAAUAAGCGACGAAAAGUUUAAAGCACACGCUUCGACGUACUACCCCUACUUGUGUGAAAUUAUGCAGUUUGACCUGAUCCCUGAGCUCCGAGCCGUCCUGCGCAAGUUCUUCCUGCGAAUAGGUGUCGUGUAUCAGAUCUGGAUUCCGGAAGAGUCAUCCCAGAUCGCAGGAACUCUGUCACCGGGCUGGUAGCCCAGGGCCCUAUGGGCCCCUGCUGCAGCUCUGCCCAAGGCCGGCCAGGCCACCUCUGCCUGGCACGUCUCCCCAAGGAAGGUCCGAUGACAGAGACGAGGAGUUGGUGUCUUGGAGCUCAGAACAGCCUCAAGGGCGUCUGUCCUGGUCGCGUGUGAGCCCUGACUUAAGGCGCGGUGGUGUGUCAUAAAACUGCCUCACACCCACUGAGCGCAGGAGGUGGGCAGUCCGUGUCGUUUCUGUCAUUCCAUUUUCCCAGUCGAACUGUCGGGUCUGUCAUUACACGUCAUUUUCUCGCUCGGGUCCCACGGUCGGCUGUAAAUGUUUAGUCAGAGGGAGUCGCGCUCCUUGAAAAUACUGAACAUAGCUGUAUAGGUUCGUGAUUAUUCUAGACAGUAUGUUAAUAAAAUUUCUUGUAAUGGCUCAGUGCCACGUAAAAUAGGCUGGGUUUUCUGUUGUCGUUCGAGUGUGUUAGAGAAGUUUGAGUGUUUUUGUCCAUUGUGAGUCAGCUGUAGUUAGGGUAGUUUGGGGAAAGAUAGCGGGGAAAGGUGGGUUUUUGUCUGUUUUGUUAACGUCUGAAUGACUUUUAAAGUAGUUCCAAAAGGGAUAUUAUUGAGGAUGUGAUUCAUGGCAGAGUUUAGUAAUUUAGAAUUAAGAGCCUGCAAGGUUUCAAAACAUGCAUCGCCUCCUGGCUCUCCCUGUGUCUGCAGCUUGGGGAGGAAAAGUCUACAGGCAAAAGUAACUUUAAUAAAGACGAUCAGCUUCCUUGAAGUAUUCUGUGGAUGGGUGUUAAAACGUCCAUCUCAUACACUCUGAAAUCUAAUAUAUGAAGUAGUCAUGAAAAUGAAGUAGUAAUUUAACAGAGUUAAUUUAUAUUUGAAUAAACGUUUAUUUUUACCUCAGAAUUGUGAGUGUUCCCAUUGUUAGUGUCCCCGCUUUGCACGGUCCCCCGGAAAGGGCCCGUGAGGAGGGGAGAGUGGCUGUGUGAGAGAGGGGUGGCCCCGGGGGCCCCCUCAGCCACACGUCCAGUCUGACCCUGAGCGCCCCGUGCUGCUGUGGGGACGGCCCGGCCCGGGUGUGGCCACGCUUCCGUGGACGGGAGCCAGGAGCCCAUGGGCAGAAGCCGGGGUCCUUACUCUGCUGCUGAUGGUGCAAUACUCUGGCCUGUGUUGGGACUGAAUUCGGAUGCGGUUUCUCCAAAGGCAGGCGGCAGAGCAAUGCGGCCCACGGCCUGCAGGCAAGUCUUGAAACGUGAGUUAUUGAGUCGGCGAGGAGGAGACGCUUUUAGUUUUCUGCCCUCUUGUCACCUGCUCGCCCAAGCAGCGUUCAGGUCAGGACCAGUGGGGACAGGCAGGCUCCACCCCCCUGCUUCUGUCACCGCAGUCGGGUUGUCCGAUGGCAACUCUGGUGCCUUAGCCAUUAGUCAGUUGGAACUUGUCUAUGAAAUUGGAUGUUCGCCUUUUUUUUUUCUUUUUUCCUUUUAGAGAAGGAUUUCUGGUGCUUUUUGUUUACUCCGAGACCGAUUUCUUAUAUUUUGCUUUGAACAGCCGAGAGAAAUGUGUGGCUGGGGCCAGUAGCCCUCCCAUCUCCUCUUUCAUUUCUCCAAAAGUGUUUCAUUUGUCUACCAAAGAGAAGCGGCAGGCUCUUGCAUUAUUCCUCUGCAGGAGGCAGAGCUGGGGGAAGUCUGUUCUGGGAGUGGGACACGUUAGCACUCUCACCGAAAUGACUCGAAUUCAUCUUUUCUUUUCUUUUCUUUCUUUUUGGGUCAUACCCGGCGAGGCACAGGGGUUACUUCUGGCUCAUGCACUCAGGAAUUACUCCUGGUGGUGCUCAGGAGACCAUAUGGGAUGCUGGGAAUCGAACCCAGGUCAGCUGCGUGCAACCCUACCUGCUGUGCUAUCGCUCCAGCCCCCGUCACAUCUUUUUUUAAUUUUUUUUUAAUUUUUGGGUCACACCUGGCAAUGCUCAGGGGUUAUUCCUGCCUCUGCACUCAGAAAUUACCCCUGGCAGUGCUCAGGGGACCGUAUGGGAUGCUGGGAAUUGAACCUGGGUCGGCCGCAUGCAAGGCAAACGCCCUACCCGCUGUGCUAUCACUCCAGCCCUCCCUCACAUCUUUCUGAGUGCAACGCGGAACUCUUGUCCUACGACUCAUGCCCUGGAACUGUAGUUCUUCACACCACCCUAAGCCAGUCCCCUUCCUUAGCACUGGCUCCGAAGGCACCCAGGGGAGUAGUUCAUUCCUGCUGGCCCCAGGCUGGCAGCGACGCCCCCUUGUCUGGGCCACAGCGGAGUGUCUGCUUCCUUCACCCCUGCUAUCUUCAUUCUUUGCCACCUCUGGCGGGAUAAGACAAUGUAAGUGCAUUCUCUUCUGAAGAUUUUAGGUUACUGAAUUUCUUUUUUAAAUUUUGUCUUGCAAGAGAUUCGGUUUUCUGAAUGAGGCAUUUGAAUUGUUUCGAUCUGGACGUUUUUGAGAACUGGAUGGAAAACCGUUCAAGGUCAUUGUUCUUGCGAGUAGUCAUGACAUAACAGAGGCAGGAUCGAACCUCCAGUAAUAAGCCAUUCGACAGAAACUCUCUUUUGUGAAGAAAUUGAUUCUCCAUCCUGGUCAGCUUGGCCUGUGCCACUCAGGCACUCAUGAAAGGAGGGUCACAGCAGCAUCGAGGCCACGAUGUCACUUAAUAACAGUCGUGGCCACGAGGGAAGCAUUUCCAAGGCCUUAUUUCCUUCUCCGAAGGCUUUCAUCGUUCCUAUGUCCUGGGCCUCUAUAAGGAGUUUUCAUUUGUUCUGAUUCUGCUGCUUUUGAACAAUUUCGUUUUUCUUCAUUGUCCUUUAGGGAAAUGACCCGCUUUGGCUUCUUAACAACAAACAGUGGAUGGGAAAUUUUAUUUCUAAUACACAUCUUCAAAGUCAAAUCUACCUUUUUCCUCUUACUCCUUGCGUACAACCAAAGAAACAUACAUUAUGGAAAUUGUAUAAUAUCUUUGAAGCUCAACAUUUCCCUCUGACAGGCGACUUUUAUACAAAAUGCAAAAAAUUUUAAAAAGUGGUCUUUAUAGUCACUAAAGGGACCUGCUGACAGAUACUUUAUGACCAUCUCAUUCAAAUGUUUGUUGUUAGGAUGCAAACACGUAUUGGUUUGAACAGAAGCUGGAUCCUUAAUGAGUUUUUUUUUUUUUCUGAAUACUGUUUUAAUAUUUGUGCUAAGGUUGACAUAGUUUGAACUCAGCGUGAAAUCUGGAGUUUCGCUAUCAGCAGCUUUGUAGUUUGGGGGGAAAAAAGAAAAAGAAACCAAAGCUGAGUAUUUAAAAGAAUAUCUGGAAAUUCUUGUUCUCAAAAAAAAAAAAAAAGACACUCAUCAAAGGUGUAGUUUUUCUCAGUGUUCUAAUUUUUAAAAAAUUUUAUCUGCAUAUUUGCAUCAAAUAUUUCUUUAUGUGCAAAACUGUAUGUUUUACCUCCUUAAAAUGCCUAAAGGUUAGUUGUUACUUUUGUUUAAUCUAUACACUGAUUAAGUGCAUUUAAUGUUGGUAAUUUAAUGAAAAGCAUUCCUUGCCCAACGGAUGUAUACAUUUUUGAAAGAAUAAGCAGAAUUAUAUAAUAUGAAAUGCUAUGUAAAGUUUUCUAUGUAAAACAUUAUGUAUAAUACUGUUAAAAUACCCCAUGCUUUAAUCAAGUGAUAAAUCAAUAAAGUUUUAAAAAUUCAGGCUGUA